CCACGUAUACCUAGUGUGAGAUGGUCAAUCUACAAAAAAUACUUUUAAUUCACAAAUGAAUUAUGUAGAUAAUGAGCGAAAACUGAUUAAAGGAAAUCCAAAACAAUCCAAAAAUUAACAGUCACGAGCUGACCACACGGUACUUGACUCAAUCACGUCUGUUAUGACGGCGCAUACACUUUUCUUCGAGAACUUGAGUACCAAACAAGAAAGAAGUUAAGGGGAAGAGGGAUGCUUGAAGUGAAGAAAAUUGCUGAUUCGUGAAUCUCUGGAGACAAUGUCAGCACUAGUUGACUUGUCUUCGUCAGGACAGAAGCAUUGCCUUGAUGAAGAAAAGUCCACUUGUAAAAACGUUGGCUUCAGCGACAUUUCCGGUUAAACGAUUUCUCAAAACAUCGAGUACAAUACAAGUAUUUCCGUGGCAGCAUUAGAAGUAAAGACCCACGAGGUUUAAAACUGGUUACACGCAUUUCUGCGAAGUGGGAGGAGCCUGUAGUUGCUUCACAUCAUUUGAACUACACUGAAAAGUAAAAGAUGUAUAAAUUGUGUAACAGAACCACAAAGCACUCAAGCCUUUCAUUAUAAGUAUUUCGCCAUCAGCAGGUCGGCUGUAGUCAUAACGAAUUCUUCUAGCGACACUGAACUUAUGUCAGUCCCGUCAGGCUUCCAGAGAGCUUGGGCUCCUCAUGCGCUCAUGCAAAAUGAAUACCUGCUCAAAUAAUAGAAUGAAAUACUUGUGCUCACCCGUUGUCACUAGGAAACGUAAACAUUCUCGGAAUUGGAAAUCCCAGGGUUAAAACACCACAGAGCCGCACAAGGCAUAUGAUGCCCCGAUUUAGCCAUCUUCGUCUACUGCUUGGUUGAUCUGCUCGACGUGGCUUGCUGCGGCUUCUAUUAGCUGAAGGUCUCAUCAAAUAUCUUAUCUAUCCCAUAUUAAGCCAAGCCAAGUAGUUUUGCUUCACCAGGCCCAGCGAGCCAGUCAUGACCAUGUGAUCAAACACGACUGCGCCCGUGUACCGCUGCAGAAAAUAAUCUAUAGCAGCAGUAAAAAAAAAAAGAACUGUACUAUGGGCUACGUCGUCUGACAAGUAUAGCCAGACAGCGUAUAGUCAGAGCCUAGGAUGGGUCAAGAGGAGAGCGACUUCGUAAUCAAACUGCGAUUCCGUAAUCACAUGCUAAUGAACCGCCGGGUGAAUUGAUCUCGCGUUGUUGGUAGAAAAUACAGUAAACUGCAAGUAUGCGCAGAAACUGGGCACGGAUGGACCACGGGUGGUGUACGAGGGCUCCGUGGCUGCAGGCAUUGCGGAAGCCGUGCAUCGGGCCGGUGGGAUCAUGUCUCCCCAGGAUCUUGCCGACCACAUAAAUUCCACGGAGCCACUCGAGAUGGAGCCCAUAUCAACCACGUACCGAGAUGUCGCAGUUCACACGACGCCGCUUCCUACACAGGGCGCCGUUCUACUCCAGGUCCUCAAUGUCCUAGAGGAAGUUGGGAUGAAAGGCCUGCAGCAUAUUCCAGGACAACUCGAGCAUGUCGUCAUUGAAGCACUUCGCCACGCUAUGAGUGACGGGCUACGACACAUUGCUGACCCCGCGACAGGAGGUUCGAUCCAAGAGAUGAUGUCGCAAAAACGUGCACGAGAUUGCGCUGAUAUGGUGAAACUCGAUCGAAGAGCAGAAGUGGCGUAUCCAGAAGCUUCACUCCCAUGUGACUCUUCUAGUACCACAUUUCUGGCGGCAGCUGACGAGACUGGAAACGUGUGUGCAUUGAUUGGGAGCCUCUCGCAGUUUUUCGGUUGUGCUGUUGUCGAAGAACACGGAUUUCCCGUUCAGGUUAGAGGAGCGGGAUUCAACACAGUGCCGGGGCACCCAAAUUGCUUCGGGGGACGCAAGAAACCCUACCAUUCCCUCAUGCCUGUUAUGGUGACCGACGCACACUCGCAAGACUGGCUAGGUACGAUGGGCUGUAUGGGUGGCUUCGUACAGACAAGCGUCCUCACCCAGUUGCUCCUCAACAUCGUCGAGCUCGGUCUGGACCCGCAGCAGUCACUUUCAAAACCACGCUUCCUAAUUGGUUCUGCUUUAACUGCCAAUCCAGACUCCCCUGUCGCUUUGGCCCCGAGAUAUCCUGAGGAGGCGCAGGCUACUCUCGAACAGCGAGGUCACAAAAUAAUUCUACACACUGAGAAGCGAAGCUUCCUCCAGGCAGGCCACGCAAACAUUUUGGCUCGGGAGUCCCUUUGGUCCCCCAAGAAAAAUGAAGCUGCGGCCGCCGGCAAGAGCUCAAGUGGCAAUGGUUCCAUCUGGUGCGGUACAGAACCUCGCAUUAAUGGAGCUGCCCUCGGCUACUGAAGAAGGACCUUG